CUCCGCCCGGCUGCUGCGCUCCAGGCCGGCGGCAGCAGCAGCGCCGCAGGAAGUUUCCGCUUUGCACUCCACCCCGGUAGCAGCUUCGCUGCAGGGACAGCUUCCUCCGGACGCUUGGCGGGGUUCGCUGUCGCCGUACGGCAGCCGGGUCGGAAUAUGGGGUUACCCAAGGGGCCGGAGGGCCAGGGUUUCCCGGAGGUGGAAACAAGAGAAGAUGAAGAACAAAAUGUCAAGUUGACUGAAAUUCUGGAGCUCUUGGUUGCAGCUGGGUAUUUCAGGGCAAGAAUUAAAGGCUUGUCACCCUUUGACAAGGUAGUUGGAGGAAUGACUUGGUGUAUCACCACUUGCAACUUUGAUGUAGAUGUUGAUUUGCUCUUUCAAGAAAACUCUACAAUAGGUCAAAAAAUAGCUCUAUCAGAAAAAAUUGUCUCGGUCCUGCCAAGGAUGAAAUGCCCACAUCAGCUGGAGCCCCACCAGAUUCAAGGGAUGGAUUUUAUUCACAUAUUUCCUGUUGUUCAGUGGCUGGUGAAACGAGCUAUAGAAACAAAAGAAGAGAUGGGUGACUAUAUCCGCUCCUACUCUGUAUCCCAGUUCCAGAAGACUUAUAGUCUCCCUGAGGAUGAUGACUUCAUAAAGAGAAAAGAAAAGGCCAUCAAGACAGUGGUGGACCUCUCAGAAGUGUACAAGCCCCGUCGGAAAUACAAACGCCACCAGGGAGCAGAGGAGCUGCUUGAUGAAGAAUCUCGAAUCCAUGCUACGCUUUUGGAAUAUGGCAGGGUAACUGAUACCUUGAUGAGAUAUGGAUUUAGCCACCAGAGCAAAACAGAGAAGGCUGAAGACAAGAAAACGGCACUUUCAGCAGGGCUGUCAGCUACAGAAAAAGGUGAUGUCCACGAGGAAGAUGAGCUUCGAGCAGCUGAAGAGCAGCGUAUACAAUCGCUGAUGACCAAGAUGACUGCCAUGGCAAAUGAGGAGAGCCGUCUCACUGCAAGCUCCGUGGGCCAGAUCGUGGGACUCUGCUCUGCCGAGAUCAAGCAGAUUGUGUCCGAGUAUGCGGAGAAGCAGUCUGAGCUAUCAGCUGAAGAAAGUCCAGAAAAAUUAGGAACCUCCCAGCUACAUCGUCUGAAAGUCAUUUCCUUAAACAAACAGAUUGUGCAGAAGACCAAACAUCUUGAAGAGCUGCGAGCAAGUCACACCAGCCUACAAGCCAGAUACAAUGAAGCCAAGAAAACACUGACAGAGCUGAAGACUUAUAGUGAGAAACUGGACAAAGAGCAAGCAGCCCUCGAGAAGAUAGAAUCCAAAGCUGAUCCAAGUAUCCUACAGAACCUGAGAGCACUUGUGGCUAUGAAUGAAAAUCUGAAAAGUCAAGAACAGGAAUUUAAAGCACAUUGUCGGGAGGAGAUGACACGGCUACAGCAAGAAAUUGAAAACCUGAAAGCCGAGAGAGCACCAUGUGGAGAUGAAAAGACCCUCUCCAGUGGAGAGCCACCUGGUACCCUGACUUCAGCAAUGACUCACGAUGAAGACCUAGACAGACGGUAUAAUAUGGAGAAAGAGAAACUUUACAAGAUACGUUUACUACAGGCUCGAAGAAAUCGAGAAAUAGCUAUUUUGCACCACAAGAUUGAUGAAGUCCCCAGUCGUGCCGAGCUAAUACAGUAUCAGAAGAGAUUUAUUGAACUCUACCGCCAGAUUUCAGCAGUGCACAAAGAAACCAAGCAGUUCUUCACUUUAUAUAAUACCCUGGAUGAUAAAAAGGUUUAUUUGGAAAAAGAGAUUAGUCUUCUGAACUCAAUUCAUGAGAACUUCUCACAAGCCAUGGCCUCUCCUGCUGCCCGGGACCAGUUUUUACGUCAGAUGGAACAGAUCGUGGAAGGAAUUAAGCAAAGUAGAAUGAAGAUGGAAAAGAAAAAGCAAGAGAACAAAAUGAGAAGAGACCAGUUGAACGACCAGUACUUGGAGCUGUUAGAAAAGCAGAGGCUAUACUUUAAGACUGUGAAAGAGUUCAAGGAGGAGGGCCGCAAGAAUGAGAUGCUGCUAUCCAAGGUGAAAGCCAAGGCCUCCUGAAUAUCCCCAGCGGUGGUGUAUGUCAUUGAUUUUAUUUUUAAGCACCGUAUAUCAACUACAAGAUCAUGAGAUGGUUCUGAAAGCAACAGUAGAAAGAUGCAAGUGUAAUGGUUUCAACAACCUGGAUGUUUUCUUUCUCCUCUGCUUCCAUUCAUCUCUGUUGGCUGCUGUUGAUGGAAUCAAAGAGUAUAAACACAUGGCUUGGAUAACACCCGUCAUCCUAUGAAGAAUGUGGGCGGUACUUGUUCUCUGUUAAUUCAACUUUUAUGUCUCCAGUAACAUUGCACUUUUGAAGGUACCUGUAUUUGUAUGGACUCUGAAUAAAGAAGAAUUCAUUUGUUUAGCAAGUAGUAAUUGAGCACCCACCAGGAAUUAAGCACUGAGGAAGAUUCAGAGACGUGUGAAACACAGUUCCUGCCACACAGGCAUCCAGCAGGUGGCCCAGAGAGGCAGAUACAGCCCGCUUGACCAUAGAGCUGGGCCAUCUGAGGUGUUUUUCAGUAAACAAAAGGCAUUUAACUGAAUGAUCAGCCCAGGUAGUGGUCACUUGGGCUUUUCACCUACAAUGGCACCUUUUGUUCCCAGCUCCUCCAGGUGCCAGCCAGCAGGCUUGGUGACAUAGCAACUGGAAUGAAAAUUCGAUGUCGUUGGUUUAAUUUUUAUAUGUUACGCAAGUUUAUAUCUCAGAAAAUUGAAAACAGACCUUAUGCUGAGGACACUUCAAUAAAAAUUACACCUUCCCCUGCCCCAGUGUUCAUUUGAGUCACAGCAUGCAGAGGGGCUGUGCACCCCCUCAUUGAAGGCACAGUCCAUGAGGCUACACUGCAUAUGGGUCAUGAUCUGAUCCAGGAGACAGAUGGACACUGCUCCCUGCACUCAGGGCAAGUAGGGUGUCAGGAAGAGCAAUGGGGUUUGCAGCAAUCCAGGGAAAUUUCCUGGAGGAGGCAGCAUUUGGGCCCAAUCUAAAGGGAGAAUUGGAUGUUGAUAGGCAGCAGUAAGGCUGUUUUAAAUGAAAAUACACUAUAAUUGAAAACCCAAGAGGGUGCAGAGGAGUGCAAGGCAUGCAUUUUGGGAAAGGAGUGGAUAAGCCAGUCUCUGCAAGAGGCUUCAGAGACCCAUCUGGGAAGUAGGGCUGAGACUAGGCUUUGGAAGGUCUUGAAGGGCGGUUGAGGGGUUGACUUUAAUCCUUGGAAAUGACCAGUGCAGAUCAAAUACAGCUUCUGCUGCCCUGGACCUCAGGAGUUUGGUAACGCAGUCAUAUUCAGUACGUUUGUGCUCCAUUCUGCAUAAAUCUUGCAAACAUACCAGGUGGCAAGUUUGGACAGUAACACAAAAGCUUAAACAUGUCAACCAAGUGGGGCAUUCAGCGGCCACAGAAGUGUGUUCAUUUUUAGUUCCCUAAUGGAUGUGAUUAAGCAGGGCUGCUGUGUACAGAUUUAAAAACACACACACGUGUUCGAUUAAAAACAGCCGUUGGUUUCAGUGCCAGGGCCAGCACGGCCUGCCUGAGCCAGGCAGAAGCAGUAGCUUCCAAAUCGAAACUGCCACGUAUGGGUGCUUCCUGGGCCAUGUGCAGCUCCGCCUCAGCUGGUCCCUGAGCUAUGGUCAUGUGGGGGUUUUGAAGGGCUCAGUGAAGUUGAAGCAAGUAAUUGCAAAAGAACAGGUGGCACUUUGAGGGCAGGGGAAGGAGACAAGUUUGUGUUUGAACUCAUUUCAAUCAGGGAAACAUCUGUGUUAUCUUGUUAGGAAUCUUACAGGCCCACCCCUGGCUAACUGAACUUUAUAAGCAGUUAGGGCAGUUAUUUGAAUAUUUGUCCACAGGUGGUAGGGAGGCAGAUGACAUUCUGUGGUUACUGGAGUCCACCUCUGUGCUGAUGGGGAAACUGUGGCAUGAUUAAUCCAAAGCAACCAGUAAUUCUUUUUGAAAGUGCAGGCAUUUAUUUUGAGCUGUAUUUCACAGGUGUUUCAUUUGAUUUGGUUUUGGUGUACAGAGGUCUCCAUAGAUCUCUAUUCCUUUUUUUUUUUUUUUUUUUUUCCCACAAGGCCUACUACAGAUAAAUCAGUUUCUGUUGCCCAAAUACACUUUAGACUACAAAAGUCAGUUUGAGAAAUUCACACUUGCUGCAGACAACUCCCAGUGUGGACAGUGCCUUUCUGAGUAAUUAGGAUGUUAUAUGACUUUACAGUGAGGCCACACAGGCUAAGGGGAAGCCCCAAGGACGCUGAUCAUUUCAGAAGCCACCCAGACAGCCAGAAGGGGGCCUCCCAGGGCUGCGGCUCUCUGUGUGCCUAGAUAUAACGUGGCAUUGUGCUCUAAGCCCACAGGCUUCUCCAGAGUUAAAAGGAAGCGAGAACAUCCUUAAGUUACUUUUUUAAAAUGUGCACUUCAGGAGGAACCAGGUUUCCCCAGGAAGGGACAGGCUCCCUGCUCAGUCAGCACAGGGAGUUGCUAGCGGGCAGCCUGCCCAGUGCCGUGGAAUCUCUGCCAGCCUCUGGGUCAGGGGCUCCCUCCCACCACGUGCUUCUCAUGGAGUACACGGGACUGCUCUGCUUUGAGGCGCAAGCAUAGCUGUUGUGAGCAGGACAAGAUUGGGUGAUCAAGAGGUGUGUUGGGAGACACUGGGACAUUUUUUGAUGUCUUUGACCUGUGUUCCAUCUCUGUUGGAUGACUGGGGUUACCUACACCACCAGAGGGAGGUACAGAGUGUUAAAACAGUCGCCAGUCACACUAAGGGGUGUUUUAACAGAGGACAAAUUCCAGUUUGUCAGGCAUGUCUCUGUUAGAGUCUGGAGUUCAUGGUUUUAAUGGUUCUGGCUCGUAGCCCAUACAUACUUUGAAGAUAGCUGGGUCCUGCCAGUGUCCGCUGAGUCUGUCAGCUGGGGGAGCGUUCUCUGACAUCACUGAGUGCUUGGGACCUCCUGAAGCCUUGAGUAAAGGCUGGGGAAGGCCUUCAGACAGUCCUUUUACUACCUCACAAAGUGCCACGCCCGGGACCUCAGACCUCAGGGUUGUGACAUUGAUGUUGUCAGUCCCCAGUCACGUCUCUAGUGACCAAAGCAGACCUGCCUGAAAGGGCACUCCAGACAGUGAGCCCUGGUCAUAACCUGUGCCCUCACAUUUCUCCUGCCUCAGAUGGUCUUUUUUGCCCACUUUUUAGGUGACUGAUGAUCACUCUAAAAGGGAGGUAGGCAUCUAGCAGUAGCACAGUUACUUUGACUGUCACCCCUUGUUCUGAAGUGCAGAAUGUUGGGUUGAAACACACAUUAAGAAAGAACACUUUAUGGAAGCACUUUAUGAUUUACUCAUGGCCAGUGUUGGCCUCAAGGUAAAAGAACAUCUUAAUGCAGAACAGUACAACAAAGAGCCCCAUAGGAAGGGGUACCAUCAUCUGUCCCCAUGGUUGGGAUUGCCAAGGAAAGUGCCUUGUUCCAUGCAUCUUCAGAAUCCCCCACACCCUCUCUUGAUCCUUUUCAUGAAGUCCAGAGCAUUCCUUCUAUGACGGGCUGAAGAUGCUUUGUAAAAGGCAAUGCUAUAAUAGUGUUCCCUCUUCUCACAGUAACUGUGCAAAAAUCCUGGGGGAUUUGGUGCCUGAUCUGCCACAUACUUGACCACACAGGGAAUACUGUGGAUGUUCCACGCCAGUCUUACAUCCGUUCCCCAAAUGUGCCAAACUCAUGCCUGCCCAUGGCCAUUGGCCCUGGGCAACAAAAGUAAGGGCCUUUCCUGUCCUACCACAGUCUCCCUAGCAUCUGGCUCAGGGUAGAUGACUGAAUGGGAAAUUCCGGUUGGAUAAAACGGCUUUUCCAAAUUGCAGCUUUGCAUCUCUGUAUUAGCAAAAUUUAAACUUUCCUUUAUGCAUAGUUUGAGAACAGGUAAAAUAGUUUUCACAACUUUAGAGGGUCUCUUAGAGUAUGUUUGUUAUACCAGAACCUUGAAGUUUGGGAUGAAACAAGGUAUCAGAGGUUUCUAAUCUUUCAAAGGAAUUACCUUUUACGAUUGUUUUUUAUUCCCCAAGAAGGGAAAAAGAGAGAGAGGGAACGACUACACUAAUGUCAGAGAUAAGGUAUGUUUUGGCUCAAAACGUGUCAUGAAUCUCAAGGUAACUUGAUGGGUAGAAGUGUCUCAGCCAUAUGAACCAAGAAGUGAGACCACAGUGCAUGGCUGUGGGUGGCAGCACUGGAUACAGUGUUGGCAGGAGUGUGACGUAUAGGCGCUCCAUGGGGGACAGCUGGACAGUGUCCAUCAAAAGUGCAAAAGCUUAAGCUUUUUGAACCAGCAGUGCUACUCCUAAGAAUUGUUCCUAGGUACAAGGGUUUUUGUUGAAACAUUAUUUGUAAUAGCAAAAAGUUGGAGAGUGCCACCAAUAUAGGGGAGUGGUUAAAUACAUUAUGGCCAGCUUAAACAAUGGAAUAGUUUGCAGAAGUUUAAAAGAAUGGAUCCUGUGUUUAUGUACUACCAUAGAAUGAUCCCUAAGACGCAUGAUUAAAUGGGGAAAAAAGAAGCUCAUGGUAUCCUAAUGUUUGGAGUGCAGAAAAAUGUGUAGAUGUGUGUGUGUGCAUAUGUUUUCACACAGAUAUAUACAUGUGUAUAUCAUGUAUCUGCCUACAUAAGUCUAGGAUAUCUCUGGGAGGAUACCCAGCAACCCGGCAGCCUGGUUGCCUCUGGGAAAAGGGGUGGGAAUGACUUUUCAAUGUACACCUUUUGUACCUUUUGAAUUUUGUACCAUGUACAUGUAUUAUCUAUUCAAAAAUAAAGUUUCUAAUUUUUAA